CUUCAGGUCUCAACAUGAGUUCUGUAGUUUCUGCCAGUAUAUUGCAUCGUGCUACAACGCAUAAGGAGCCAAUCAAGUUUUUCAAGAUAGAGGGAUCUGAUUCUCAAUCUACUGAAUCCAUCAAAGAUGCUACUCAUGUCCAAUUUGGUAAUAACGAAGAAAACAUCUACGACUUGAAUUCCAUCACCAACUUUUACAAUGAAGACAAGCCACAAAACUUGCGUGCUGUCAUAUUCUGUUGGCUACACGACAAAUCGUCCAUUGUCGACUAUAAGAACGAAUGUUCUGAACUAGGUAUAGCUGACUUCAAGUUCUUGGUCAAAACCGAGUUGACCACCUGGUUGAACGGAAAUUCGGAUUCAUGUACAUUUGUCAAAGACGAGAAGGUCGGCGAAGUUGCUGUGGAUAGUAGUUCCAAGAGCAAAUUGAUUACGCCAUCUACAGCCACCGACGCUACUACAACUGAUAAGAAGCACAAGUUAGAAGAUCCUCAGAUAGAAAGAAUCUCCCAAUUUGAGAGAGAUUCUAUAGACCAUAAUGCCGCAUUGAGAGGUUCUAAAAACGUUGAGUUUGGUCAACUAGUUUCUGAUGCAAAGAGGUUGAUACAACAAUUGAAGCGCUCCAAACCAAACGGUGCCGCUGCUUCUAGAGAUCUGGGACCGAAGAAAAAGCCCCUCAUCAUUGUAUCUCCUGCCUCCACUGCAUUAUUGUCUUUGUCUAACGUUAAGCAAUUCCUUGAAGAAGGUAAAUUCACAGAGCCAAACCCUACAAACAGACCAUCGGGUGGUUUGGUGACUAUAAAUCACCCAUCAGAAAGAUUGAUUCCUGUCGCCCACCAGAUCAUGGUCGUCGACAACGUAGAUAUGUUUACCAAACCCGAGUACUGGGACAACGUAGUUGCAAUUUUCACAACCGGACAAUCAUGGCAGUUUGCCAAAUACAAAUACUCACAGCCAGAGACGUUGUUCCAAAGGUACGCUGGUUUCUUCUUGAGUUACCUGGGAGACCCUACACCUCCACAGAUUAAAGACUGGAACGUCUCUGAAAUAAAAGUAGACAGAGGCGAUAAAAGAUUCAGAGAUAAGAUGAUAGUGAAGGAUUUCUGGGCUGAAAUCGAAAAGAUCCUCUUAGCCAAGGGCUACGGAAAGCAAUAGAUGUACAAAUAUAAACAGUAUUUCU